AUGGCGCCUGCAGCGCUCUCACGCGCAGAGCGCAGUUUCUUGCUGGAUGGCCUACAAGCCUCACCAGCGCACCGUCCGGAUGGACGUACUUUAUCCGAGUUUCGAGCCAUCGAAGUUGAGGCGCCUGCGUCGCAGCAGGCCGAUGGAUCUGCACGUGUAUUGCUCGGCAGUACUGAAGUGCUGUGUGGUGUCAAGGCCGAAAUUGAGACGAUGGACGCACCUGUGGUGCCUAUGCAGGUAGGCUCCUCGUCAACCGAGAAAGCGUUCCGUCCAUGGAUGCCGUCGAUGCCCCGCGUUCAGGCAUUGGUAGAAUAUUCACCUGCCUUGCUCCAUGAGCACAAUGCCACUGAGUUGGGCAUGAUGACCAGUUUGAUCCAAGAUAUGAUUCAGGCAUGCUUUGCUGAGGCUGGGACCAUGCUUGGACCUUUUACAGCGCGGCAGUUUAUUGUUGUGCCGUCGUCCAAGUACUGGAAGUUGCAUCUUGAUGUUUAUGUCAUGUCCUGGAGUGGCGGCAAUGUCCUGGAUGCCGUCUUUGCGGCUGUCUACUCAGCCCUGUGGGAUACACGUUUGCCUUCGACCCAGAUUCUUGCGACAGAUACUACGCAGGAGGAUACCAAUGUGGGCGAAGACGAUCCUGCGGGCAUCAAGUACAUUACGCGUGGGCAUGCGAAUGCGCCUGGCCAUGCCGAGUCGCAUGCUGUGGACUUUGCGCUGGCGAGUGAAUGGGACGAUGGCGUGCCCCUGCAUGGCCGUGACGACAUGCCUGUGUGUGUGUCUGUGUACCCUGUCCGUGAUACCUUUUUACUUGAUCCUACGUUGGAAGAAGAGUCGGCGCUGUCAUCGAGUAUCGCUGUAUUGGCCUCGGCCAGUGGGCGUGUCUAUGGACUUCGACAGCGUGGCGAGGGCGAGCUGAAUCUCGAUACGAUUCAUCAGGCGACCGAGGUAGGCGUGUACUAUGCCAAGCAGCUUGCGAGCACCUUGCAAACGUACUUUGAUUGA